AUGAUUUUGUUGAAGAGGAUUUCUGAUGCUAUGGAACAGAUUGAAUGCAAAAAAUAUGGCCUCUGUCAAGCACUUUUAACAUGGAUGGAAGAAUGGAAAAAUUUCGAACAACACUUGGACAUGACCGGAACAAAGUUAAAAGAAUGCUUAAAUGUACUCGAAUCAAGUGAGAACCAUCUGCAAUGCUUCACUGAACUCGAAUCCAGAGAGAAGCAUUUGCAUUCUAUUCAAGAAUCAAUUGGCGAAAGCUUAAAAGAACUCGAAUUAGUUAGAGAAUCAAUAAAUGCUACGCGCAAACAAGUUGAGGAUAAAGACAGCCAGCUUUCAGGAUAUGCUGAUGACUUGAAACUGAGACAGAAGAAAUUGGAGGAAAACGAGAUGUCGCUCGAGGAAUAUUGGAACUCGAUUGAGGAGAAAUUUAAUGAGGAAAUUAAUGAGAGAGAGAAGAAAUUUCAGGAGCGCGUUUAUGAGCUCAAUUCCAGAGAAGAAAAAUUAAAGCAACAAGAGAAUGAACUGAAAGCGCGACAGGAACAACUUGAUUCUGCUCCGUUUUCCAGGGAACGGAAACCGAAAAAAGUCUACUCGAGCAAAAUGAAGAUGGAUUUUACAAAAGAGCUCGCUGAAACUUCGAGUCAGUUGAGUCCAAAAGCAUGUGAUUCGAGGGAAAAAAGUCGGAAAAGAUCUUAUUGUUCUGAGAACCCAAUGAAAAGAUCAAAGACAGGAAAAUCUUCGGAAUAUGGAGAAGAGGAGAAGACGAUAAGCAUGGAUGUUGAUGAUAAGAACUUAAGUGGACAACAGUUAAAUAAUGCAGAUAAUGCUGAUCUGGCGAUGAUUUGUUCCGGUAGGAUUGUUCGAAUUGAGUCUGAAUCAGAAUCGGACACGGAUGACGAGGGCAUCACACAAGUAUGGGACUGUCCUCGUGCUAAAUUUCACAACUUUGACAAAGAAAAUGAAAUAGGAAAGUUUCAUGUUGACCAAGUUUGGGCGUGUUAUGAUGAUUUAGAUGGUAUGCCUAGACUCUAUGCUCGAGUUGAAAAGGUUUUUAUUCCGAAAUUUAAGUUACAAAUGGUCUGGUUAGAGGCUGAUACAGAGGAAAAUCAUUGGACAAAUCAUGAGUUAUCGGUUAGUUGUGGUAGAUUUAGACUCGGGAGCUCUUUAGAUGUUUCGAAUCGCCAUGUAUUCUCUCAUCAAAUGCAGUGCAAAAGGGACACCCAUGGUUAUUAUCUGAUAUAUCCUACGAAAGGGGAGACUUGGGCCAUUUGGAGCGCUGAACGACUAGAAGAAUAUGAGAUCGUGGAGGUACUUUCUGAUUUUGCUGAUGAUGUUGGUAUAACGGUUAGUUAUCUGGAUAAAGUCAGUGGAUUUGUGAGCAUUUUCGAAAGGAGAUGCUGUGGAAGUUUCUCAUUUGUGAUACCAGCAAACGAAUUACGCAGAUUUUCUCAUAAAGUUCCCUCUUUUAAAUUGACACAAACUAUAAAAGAGUGGUUUGAACUUGAUCCUGCUUCUCUACCUAAUUAUCCAGAUAAUGCAAGGUACAACGAAAAGGUUAUGGUCGAAUAUGAGGUAGCGGAUGAUGUCUCUACCUUCAAGUAA